AAACAUUUAAAAUUGAUUAUACACAUCUAAAAUCAAUUUUGGAUGUUCUAAGCGUGAAAUCAAACAUACGCAUGUGAAAUUAAACAUACACUAAGGCUUUGUUUGGGAGUUUAGAGGGGAAGGGAGGGGAGGACUUUGAAAAAUAGGAAGAAUUGAGUGAAAGGAAUAAAAAAAAUUGGAUAGGAGGGUUUUGUAGGGUUUGAUUUUAUUCAUAACACCAAAAAUCCCAUAAAAUGGAGGAACUCAAAAAUUGUAUUGAAGAAGGGUUUUGAAGAACUUACAUAAAGGAAAAUUCUUUACCCACCUCCCAACCUUCUAUGUCACCUCUGGUGAAAAACCACUUAUACCCCUGACUUCGGAAAUGCAUUUCCGAAAUGCAAGAAAAAGGUGUUUUCGGAGAUGCAUCUCCGAAAGCGCCUUUUUUUUUUAUAAAAAAUUUGACUUAUUUCGGAAAUGUAUUUCCGAAAAAACCAUUUCGGAAGUUCAUUUUUGAAAUAUUGCGCGUUUUGCAGAUUUAGCAAAACAACCCCCUCCCCCAAUUCAUUUACCCUAAAUCAACUUCAAACUCAACCCCAAAGAGAUUUUUCUGCAAACCACUUCCAAGGCUACAUCAAAGGCUCCAUCUAGUUGCUCUACUACAUUCAAAAGCCCUCCAAUCUAUUCAAUCGGAACAUGUCAGGCAACCAAGCAUGCAUCAGACAGGGUAGAGAGACCCAGGCUGCGGCGGCUAGACGCGAGCGGGCGGCGGCGCAGCUGGCGUCGACACAGGGACGUGGGCAGGGCCGGGGACGACGUGUGUGAGUUCCCGUGGAGAUGGACGAGGGUACCUUUACAUCUGGAUCGAGGAGUCGUCUGACUCGGGUAUCUUCUUCCCGCCAGCGAGAGGAGAAGGAGGAGGAGGUGGCAGUGUCAUACCACGAGGCGGAGGAGGUACCGGAUGUUGACCCUCCACUUGGGGAGGAGGAUGAGCAGGAGGAGGGCUACCCGGGAGGGCCCAGUAACACUUCCGUGCUGCUUCCCUACCGCGAGCACGUCGCUCGGCGUAUCUGGGAGGGAGAGGAGAGAGAGAGCCGUUGAAAAUGGUGAACACGCCCGGAAGGUUUUCAGUCUGUUUAAACCGACUGCUGAGUGGUUUAACGACGCUGUGAGAGGUUCAGGGCUUAGUGGGCUCUGCAUGACGGGGUAUUCCACCAUCAGCCACGGCAUGCAGGGGGCCUUUGUGGAGCGGUGGCACAAGGAGACGUCUUCUUUCCACUUGUCGGUUGGGGAGAUGACGAUCACCUUGCAUGAUGUGCAGUGUCUUCUCCACCUUCCGAUCAGGGGGGCGCUGUUGACCCACUCCCGGAUCCAGAGGGUCGAAGCCAGUGAGUGGAUGGCGCUCUAUUUUGGGUAUGGAGCCCGAAGCUGCUGACUACGAGUGCAUCACGGCAUCUGGGCCUCAUAUCCGGUUCACCACACUGAGCCUCUAUUUCGAGCACCACCUGGACGCGGCGGCCGAUGCCGAGGAUAUGGGUGACGACCUAUUUACACAUUAUCACCGUGGCUGCGCUCUCCGGUGCUGAUACAUGCAUGUGGUAGGCGCUGCGUUCUUUGUGGACAAGAGUGCGAGGUACGUCAACGUGACCUACCUCCUCUACUUCAUGGACUUGACCACCGUUCACCAGUGGAACUGGGGGGCAGCUACUCUGGCAUACCUAUACCAGAAGCUGAAUGAGGCCUCCAACUGGAGGACGAGGCAGUUGACCGGAUCUUGCACACUACUCACGAUCUGGAUCAUCUCUUACUUCUCCCGCAUCCACGGCUUUCACAUUGAUCCUGAGUACGUUGACGACAUGCCCAGGGCCGCCAGAUACGUUCUCCAGAGGGGAAAAAAUGUGGUGGGACCAUACCGUGGGUACCUCGACCGCACGAUGCACGAUGACGUCACCUGGAGGCCAUUCAGCGACUACACUCAAGUUGUCCCCUUUGACGGCAUUGCUUUAUAUUCUAGCUGGUUGGCAUGCAGGACCAGCAUCAUGAUCCGGUAUCUCCCUGAGCGGUGCAUGCGUCAGUUCGAAUUUGUGCAGAUGAUUCCCAGGUCACCUUUUGAGGCUGCUCCCGACACAGUGACCCGAGUGCAGCUCACUGCCAUAUUUGCGGAUUGGAAGCAUCAUGUGGUACCAGAGGAGUAUCGUCGCAUUCGGGUCACCCAGGACUGGCACAAUGUGGAGGGAUACGUCACAUGGUUCUAUCGGGUGUCACAUCCUCUACUGACACCCGACGCUCCUGGUGCUCCUAGGCCAGCACACGAGGAGAUCCUGGAGAACCAGCAGGCCGAGGAUGACCACGCCAUUGAUCUCCUGCCGAUCUGCCAGCGGAUAGAGAUGCUUGGGCGGGACGCGUUGGAUCAAGGUGUCGUUCAUCAGGGCGGUCCAGAGGCAGUCGCCGUGAUGGAGAUGAUUGUCACUGAUGCGGGCCGUGCAGCGGCAUACAGGCGGCAGAGGAGGUCCCAAGGAGAGAGGGUUAGGCAUACCCAGUAGUGGUCGGGUUUUUUUUUCUUUUCGGAUUGUAUCUUUC